UCAGCAGCUCAGUUCUUAGUCACAUUUAUUGGCCUGGGAUUAAAUCCAAACUAGUGGUUCUGUGUUUUCAGCCCUUCAGAGAGUCUCCACUCUCUGUAGUGAUUUUCAGCUAUUGCUUGUGACAUCAGACUCUGAACCACAUUGAUUCUUCUUCUUCUGAAUCACAGCUCUGCACAGCAUUCCACUGCACCAACUCUACCUUCAUGACUGCUAGAGACUCUUUUCUUGAUUCUUCUUGACUGACUCAAUCGCUGACUCUUUUCUCACGAUUCCCAUGAUACCUUGUCUUCAGAUUUAGAAAAUGGCUUGAAGCUCGAAGAUGUAAAUGUGGAAACAGAACUGAUCACUGGAACACUGGAAAUGCCAGCAGUCUUAGUACUGCCAACGAGGAUAUCAUGUGAGAACCCUGGAGAAAUAUUCAUUCUCUUGCGAGAUGAAGUCCCUGAUGACUCAUUAAUGAUUGAGUUCAUAACAGGAAAUCAAUGGCUCUGGACGCAGCCAGACCUUUGGAACCAGAAAGUCUGGUGCAUGAAAGCUUUAGAUUUUCCUGCUGGCUUUGUAAAUGUAAAUGUCUACUGUGAGGGAGUCAUUAAAGCUACGACACAGAUUGAAUACUACACAGCAGCUGAGGAGAUUGAAUGCAUACUUCAGAAAGUGGCUGAUCCAAUAGGAUUUGUUUGUCAGGCUUCCAAGUUUUCAUCAGCAGAGAAGGUUGAUAAUGUUCUCACGUUAUUACUGAAAAGUCCUGCCAUGUAUCCAGACUUCAGUGAUUCUCUAUGCAAAGAUGCGGAACAUCACCAACAAACUGACUUACACCUGGAAGAGCUUCCUACUCUUCUCCAUUGUGCAGCUAAAUUUGGAUUAAAGAAGCUUGCAGCUCUUCUCCUCCAACGCCCUGAGGCAAUUCAGGCUUGCAGGAUAACCAAUACAUAUGGGGAGAACCCAGCACACAUAGCAGAAAAAUAUGACCAUAAAGAGAUUCAGAAAAUCAUUAAAGAACUGACAGUAAAUGAAGACAAUAAUGCAAGUGAUGAUCAGAAGGAAGAUGAAGAAGAGGCCGAAGAUGACACUUACGUGAUGAUGAUGAGCUCAGAACUUCAAUGUAAUGGACAUCCUUCUAGGACAAGCACAGGAAAACAGCCCAGAGCCUAUUGGAAAAUCCAGAAGGUAGAAGGAAUGAAAGAUGAAGCAAAGCAGAAAGAAGAGGAAGAAGGAGGAGGAGCAGAGGAAGAGGAAAAAGAAGCAAAAUAUAUAUUGGAGGAAACUCCAUGUCACUUGGGUAGUAAAGCUAAGAGCAUAUACGUUAUGGCGGCUGAGGAGCGACCACCAAUACCACCUCGAAAUCAGCCUACCACAAUAAGACAAGAUGAGCUUUUCUACUUGUCUCCAGCAUGGGAAAGUGAGAAAGACGAAAAGGAAAGCAGAAAUACACACGGACACCAGAAAGAAGAGUAUAAAACUGAGCAAGUGGGAGAGGAAGAUCCAUACACUUCUGCUCUGGUGGAUGAUGGCCUGUAUGAUACUAUACUUGCUAAUGUGAAGAAAGAGCGAAGAAAAGAAGGUAGAUCCUUUAUUAUGAAUCGGCCACCAGCACCUGCACCUCGCCCUUUAUCUGUGCCUUUAAAAGAGGAGAGCACACCUUACAUAGCACAAGUUUUUCAGAAAAAGGCAACUGGAAUGCAUGCUGAUAAUGAGAAACUGGUGUAUCCUGUCAAAAAAACAGACAGAGUUUAUUCUGAAGGGAUCACUUAUACUACUGUCAAGCCAAGCAUCCCCCCGGGGCAAGAAGAACUCAUCUUUUUGCAAGAGCAGGUGAAAAUUGGGGCAAUUUCUAUGGAUAAAGCAUUGGAGAAGUUCAAACAAUGGCAGAAUCAUAGAAGUGGAUUAGAAGCCAUCCAGCAGGAAAAAAUACGCCAGCUUAGAGACUCUAUUAUCAGAAAAAGACCGGAGGAGGAAAGCAUGUAUGAUAAAAUCACCAUUGUUCAUCACCCAAAUGUUUCUGUGAAAAGAGGAAGUGACAAUCUUAGUACUGAAGGAGUUGUAUACAGCAGUCCAUUUAGAAAGCAGACUCUGCUUUGAAACCUGCCAGGAAAAGUGCACAUGUCUGCAAAUAAUAAACGGAGCAUUUGUACUUGCUCUGCAUCAUCUUUUCCUGCUUAACAGGCCAUGCACCAAUCAGUUUACAUCUUCUGUUACCAAGAGACAAUCCCAGUUUCUUCAGCAAACUCAGCUGGACCAAGCAAAGCCUCAAAGAGAAGAUAAGCAAAUGUAGCUGUCAACAAAGCCCUUUUUUCAAAUGCUUUACCCAUUAUUGACUCUAAACAGCAAGUAAAAAGGAGUAAAUAACACAACAAUGUCCUAUUUUGUACUUUAUGUUUUACUUUGAACAUUGCUCCUAAAGUGCUAGUGAAUUAUACUUUGUGAGCUUUUCUUUUCUUUUUAAUCUGAAAGUUGAAAAUUCACUGUCCACUUUUAAUGGUUAGAUGAUGCAUGUACAUUUUUUCAUUAGUCUACUAAGAUUCUUCUUUAUCUAUACAAUGAAAAGGAAUUAUAACUAAACUGGGGGAAAAACAUUUUAAAAAACAUAUAUUUCACCCCUCUGGGUGCUACAAAAGUCUUGAGAAGAAAAGAGGUUUCUAAAAAACAAAGAAUGUUCCUUCUGUUAUGGUUUCUGCAGCAUAACUGAAAAUUCAGACAUCUAUUUUCAGUCAUAUGAAAAGGAAAGGAAGGCGUAAGAUACAAAAAGUGGUGGCAGGAGGUGGGAAGUGAGAUAUGGUGGGGUAGGUUUCUUUGUGUCAGUUGGGCAAGGAGUCAGGCAGAGUGCCAAUACAUGUUCUUUGCCAUGCAUGUGAAUGUUAUGUCUCACAUUUAAACCAAUCCCAACAGUUUUUAGAGUUCUCUGUGCCCUAAACUGAUAUACAUGGCGUCCAACUGCUAUGCAAUCCUAUGUAUGCUUAACAGAAGUAAGUCCCAUUGAGUUCAGUUGGACUUGGUCCCAGGUAAGCGUGCAUAGGUUUGCGGCCCUAGCUAUUCAAAUAGUAAUAUGCUUGUGACAGGACUCAUAUUUUUGGGCAAGGGGAAUAUGAGAUGUGCCAAUAAAAAUUAGCAGCCAUGAGAAUGAGCUACAAGAGGGGUUUUUUUUAAUGUUAUGUAUAUUUUGCAAUGCUUUAAAAUAUGCAUAUGUUCUGUAUAUUUUUAAUUGUAUGUAUUUUGCAGUGGUUUCAAAUAUGCACAUUUUUCUGUAUAUUAAUUGUUGAAAGCUGUCUUAAUUUUACAAAGGAAAGUGGGAUAUAUACCAUGAAGAGAAUUAAUGUUCAUUUCUACUGUUAUAAAGUCUUUAUGAUUUAUUCAAAAUUGUAAUUUGUGGCAUGUUACAGGAAUCACAUUUAGCAAGAGAAAUGAUUAUGUUCUAAUUUUAGCCAUUUUCCCCUAAAAACCAUCCAAUUGUAUCUUUGUGCAUUGCAUUUGAAUGUAAAUCAGUACUAAUGAUUGACACCUAUUAGCAUGAUUAUAAAAUACAAUGUUU